UUUGUUUUCCUUCAUUUCGUUGCUCUCUUCAUAUAAAAGUCCCCGCGACGCCGCUGCUCUCUCUUUAACCACAGAGCUCAGGAAAGCGAGAAGGUCUAGGGUUUCUGAAACCUCGCAGCAAUGGGCAAGGGAACUGGGAGCUUUGGGAAGAGGAGGAACAAGACACACACACUGUGUGUCAGGUGCGGCCGCCGCAGCUUCCAUCUACAGAAGAGCCGCUGUGCCGCCUGCGCUUACCCUGCUGCCCGGAAGAGGACAUACAACUGGAGUGUGAAGGCCAUCCGUAGAAAGACUACCGGAACUGGACGUAUGAGGUACCUCCGCCACGUGCCCCGCAGAUUCAAGACCAACUUUAGAGAAGGUACUCAAGCUGCACCAAGGAAGAAGGCAGCAGCUGCUUCUGCCUGAGGGUCUUCACUUUGGGGGGUAGUUUUGAUUUUAUUGUACUUCUUUUAUUGCUGUUGUGAAAGCAAAGAACAGUUGAAUUUUGGGAAUGUCAUUUUUCUUAUGGUUAUCGAUUUGAACAGCCUUUUACCUCGCUGCCUACUUAGUUAUCAGUUUUGUUUGUGUUCUCCAAUCGCACUUCAAUACAGAUUGAUGAAAGACCAUUAUUUGCUUUA